AGCUGGACUUCCUGCUGUCCUGCAUUGGCUACUGUGUAGGCCUGGGGAAUGUCUGGCGCUUCCCCUAUCGAGCGUACACCAAUGGAGGAGGAAGGAUACCCACAUGGUUCCCUCUCUAAGGCUGGCCACGCCACGCCCUGCACGGUGGGCAGAGGGAGCUGCCUCUGCUUCGUGAUAAGGAGCUGUAUCUGCCUGCCGAUGAUCACUGCACUUUCAGUGUUCUCCCCACCCCCUCCUUCCUCCACCUCCUCCUGAGCUGUGCUCCAUCAAUCAUUCCCUCUCUUGAGUCUCCAAUCUUUCCUCCUCUCUUGGUUCCUUCCAUUCAGGCUGCAAACACAAAGUCUCUCCCAUCUUAAACAAAUUUCCUUUCGUCCCUGCUUCUCCAUCAAGUGACGGUUCCAAGUCUCAUUAGCAAAAGCUGGGGCUGAGCGCUUACCACCUGUCAGGCCCUGGGCUUGGUGCUUGCUGUGCCCAUCUCAUUUAACCCUGGUGAUGACCCUAUUGGGUAGGCACCAUGGAUAUGAUGAGGUAGCUGAAACUUGAAGAGACCAGCGUCCUUGCCCAAGGUCACAGGGUGGCAGACCCAACAUUCCAACCCAGGACUAUCUCCUCCCUAGCCAGUGUGCUCUCACCAGUACUCUGUAUCUCCUUCUGUCUCUAGCAAACUCUGAAGGAAGCAUAUAUUGAGAAAGUGAGAGAAAUCCAAAUAAAGCUAGAUGAAGCAAAGAAAGGAUAAAUUUACAUGACUAGGAUGUGUGGGACUGGAGCUGGCCUCUGAAGCUCUAGGACCUUGAUGACACCCAUGGUGUCUCUCGGCAAGCACUCUCCCCAUGUCCCUACUCUUCCUCUCUGUGUGCUGGCCUCAUUUUGUCCUGAGACAGGCUUCCUCCCCGCAGUUGGUGGGGGACAGGCCUUGGGGGGAGGUGGCCACAGACAACUCUGCAAUGACUUCAUCCUCAAAUGGGUUUAGCAACCCAAGAGCUUUGCAGAACUGCUCUGUCUGAAUGAAUCUAUACAGAAUUGCAGGGAAGGCCUCUGAUAGGCCUGGCUUUGGAUAGGUGCCCACGGGGGAAGGAGGAGAGGGCGGUGAACUCCCUCCUCCCAGCCCCAGGUUAUGAUAAAACACUUCCAACUAAUUCUGCCCAAGGUCGCCUAGGAGGGGGUUGGUUGAUGUGACUGGCAGCCCUUCCAGAGCCAUAUGGUGGUGGGCAGUUCUCUAAAGAAGUGACUGCCAAUGUGAGAACCAAAGGGGAAGGGCUAUUGGGCCCACGGAACCACAGGUGGCAGUCACAAGUGUCUGAGGCGGCAUGGCGGGGAGGGGCAGGCGGAUAGAGUGAAGCCAGAUUCUGAAGGGUGCUGGUUUCUGUACUGAGGAGUCUGCACUUUCUUCAGUAGGAAAUUCACACAUUCUCUCCCUCAUUCAUUCAUUCACUCCCUCAGCAGGCGUUUCUCAGCGUCUGCGCUGAGCCCAGCACUGUUCUGGGCACUGGGGCUCCAGAGGUGAGUAAAUCCCUGCUGGCCACUCUGGCCCUCAGCAGUCUGGUGUAGAAGAGAAGAAACCUACAGUGUUCCAUCAGGUCUGAGGGGGCAUCUGCAGGCCAGGGGAGGGGCGCGGGGCUAGAGCUGGGCUUUUGGGGGAGCUGCCCCCAAGGCCCUUGCUGACCACCCCGCUCCCGGCAGGCGCCUUCCUCGUGCCCUACUUCCUCAUGCUGGCCAUCUGUGGCAUCCCCCUCUUCUUCCUGGAGCUCUCCCUGGGCCAGUUCUCCAGCCUAGGGCCCCUGGCUGUCUGGAAAAUCAGCCCCCUCUUCAAAGGCGCCGGCGCAGCCAUGCUGCUCAUCGUGGGCUUGGUGGCCAUCUACUACAACAUGAUCAUCGCCUACGUGCUCUUCUACCUCUUCGCCUCCCUCACCAGCGACCUACCCUGGGAGCACUGUGGCAACUGGUGGAACACAGAACUCUGCCUGGAGCACAGAGUCUCCAAGGACGGCAACGGGGCCCUGCCCCUCAACCUCACCUGCACCGUCAGCCCCAGCGAGGAGUACUGGAGCCGCUACGUCCUCCACAUCCAAGGCAGCCAGGGCAUCGGCAGCCCUGGGGAGAUCCGCUGGAACCUCUGCCUCUGCCUGCUGCUGGCCUGGGUCAUCGUGUUCCUCUGUAUCCUCAAGGGUGUGAAGUCUUCGGGCAAGGUGGUGUAUUUCACGGCCACGUUCCCCUACCUCAUCCUGCUCAUGCUGCUGGUCCGCGGAGUCACCCUCCCAGGGGCCUGGAAGGGCAUCCAGUUCUAUCUCACCCCCCAGUUCCACCACCUGUUGUCUUCCAAGGUGUGGAUUGAAGCUGCUCUUCAGAUCUUCUAUUCCCUGGGUGUGGGCUUCGGGGGGCUCCUCACCUUUGCCUCCUACAACACGUUUCACCAGAACAUCUAUAGAGACACUUUCAUCGUCACUCUGGGCAACGCCAUCACCAGCAUCUUGGCUGGCUUUGCCAUCUUCUCCGUGCUGGGCUACAUGUCUCAGGAGCUGGGCGUGCCUGUGGACCAAGUAGCCAAAGCAGGCCCUGGCCUGGCCUUUGUCGUCUACCCACAGGCCAUGACCAUGCUGCCUCUGUCACCCUUCUGGUCCUUCCUCUUCUUCUUCAUGCUUCUGACUCUCGGCCUAGACAGCCAGUUUGCUUUUCUGGAGACCAUUGUGACAGCUGUGACAGAUGAGUUCCCAUACUACCUGCGGCCCAAGAAGGCGGUGUUCUCAGGGCUCAUCUGCGUGGCCAUGUACCUGAUGGGGCUGAUCCUCACCACUGAUGGGGGCAUGUACUGGCUGGUCCUUCUGGAUGACUACAGCGCCAGCUUCGGGCUGAUGGUGGUGGUUAUCACCACGUGCCUUGCCGUGACACGGGUGUAUGGCAUUCAGAGGUUCUGCCGAGACAUCCACAUGAUGCUGGGCUUCAAGCCGGGCCUCUACUUCAGGGCCUGCUGGCUGUUCCUGUCCCCAGCCACGCUCUUGGCCCUGCUGGUGUAUAGCAUCGUCAAGUACCAGCCCUCGGAGUAUGGCAGUUACCGCUUCCCGCCCUGGGCUGAGCUGCUGGGCAUCCUGAUGGGCCUGCUGUCCUGCCUCAUGAUCCCAGCUGGCAUGCUGGUGGCUGUGCUUCGAGAAGAGGGCUCACUCUGGGAGCGGCUCCAACAGGCCAGCCGGCCGGCCAUGGACUGGGGACCAUCGCUGGAGGAGAACCGGACGGGCAUGUAUGUGGCCACGCUGGCUGGGAGCCAGUCACCAAAGCCACUGAUGGUGCACAUGCGCAAGUACGGGGGCAUCACCAGCUUCGAGAACACGGCCAUCGAGGUGGACCGUGAGAUUGCAGAGGAGGAGGAGUCGAUGAUGUGAGGCAGGAGGCAGGUGGGCAGAAGGCCCUGCCCGGGACCUCACAGUCCCUUCUUAGAAGCCUGCAAAGGUCAGCUGUGCCCUCUGGGAUUCUCAGAGGCUAUGGGGGGCCUGCCAUAGGGAUGCCAGUCCCCCAAUGGGGGUCCCUCCUGCAGCCUCUGCCUCUCCUGAAACCUCUGACAACCCCCUACACAUACACACAGGCAUACUCAGACCCACUCAAAGCUGAGAAUGAUCCAACUCAGCCCUACUUUGCGGAUGGACAUAUUAAGGCCAGGAGGGGAGGGACUUGCCCCACGUCGCAUGGCAGAGGGGACUUGAACCCACGCCUCCGGACCAGCCAGCUCCCUUUCCCAUGGGGCAGCCGGCACCACCUUCUCAUCUCUAUUCAGGGCCUACACCCCUCCCUUUUUUGGGGGAGCCUGUCCCCACACACCUCAGCACAACCAGAAUCUUGAGUUGGGCAGGGAGGGUCAGGACUACAGAGGCUCUUGAGGCUCCAAGGCACUGGGGAUCAAAGGUCAAUGAGUUAGGUGGGGAGAAAGAUCCCUGGGGGCUCCUGUAUGCAGGACUCCUGAAGGAGGUGGGAGCUGAGGGCCCUGGAGGAUGGGGAAGGUUUGCAGAGAGAGGAAGAGGGCAGGGUGGGGAGGAGCUCUGGGCCAGAGGAUGCUGAGCUGCCUGGGCAGAGACCAAGAGGGUUGGAGACACUAGUUUUACCAGGUUACAGGAGGGUUCAAGACAGAAGGAAAACUAACAGAGGGGGAGCCAGGGAUGAUGGGGUGGGCAGGGGAUUUGCAUGAUGAAGAAUAUCAUUCCAGAUCUGUGCAGAGCGGAUCCGAGGGGACAGGGUGGAGCGGGGAGGCCUGUGCAAAGUGGGAAAGAGCUGCCGGUGGCCUGAGCCAGGGUGCUGGGGCUGCAGGUGGGGAAAGGAGGCCCCAGCACUUCAGACAAAGGCCACCCUUUCACCCACUGGACCCAAGCCACAAAAGCUGGGGAGGUUGGAAGGGUCACUGUGAGAGCCCAGGGCCCCUCUCUUCCCAUCUCCCUUGUCCUGGUGGCCUUCAGUGUCUCUUCCAGUUCCAGCAGCUGCUGGGAAGCUGGCCUUCAUUGUUGGUGACAGGGCAACCAUGGGACUAGGAGGUGGCCCAUACACACGGCUGGCUGGUCCUGAGGCCACCCACCUUGUUCCAGGACAUGGGCCUGGGCCCGGUGUGGGGGUAGACGCAGAGGGCAGAGGGUAGCCCUUGGUACUGUGGGUCCCUCAAAGAGGAGAGUGGGGUGCAGAAAUGCCUCAGCAUGGCUCAUGCACACAGCAUUCUCCCGUGGGGCAGGGUUCCCUCAUGCAACAGGCCUCCCUGUGGCCAGCCUCUGCCUGUCUCUCGCUGUGUCCCCCCAACCCCUUGUGUUCUGUUGGUUCAUUGUUAAUAAAUAUCAAAUGAGGUCAUGCUCCUUA